UAAGGUUUCAAGCAAGCAGCCAGUAGUAGUUUACAAAUACUCGUGCAUUAGGACAAUCCCAGAGGAGCUUCAUUCAGAUAUCAAUUAUAAGUUUCUGUUUAUUUUUCUCAAGUUUGAGUUUCUACUGGAUAUAUCAUUCUACAAUCAUCAAAAAAAUGGGGAGUGUCCAACCUGGAGAAGUGCCCCUGUAUGAUCGGAACAAAGAGUUGAAGGCCUUUGAUGAAUCAAAAACUGGUGUCAAAGGUAUAGUUGAUUUGGGAAUUGAAAAGAUUCCUCAAAUGUUUGUCCGGACACAAGAUGAGUUCACCGAGGACUUGGCGUAUACAGAUGCUACGAGGGAUCAGUUUCAGACUCCGGUUAUUGACCUCCAAGGCAUUGAUCAUCGGCGCAACGAGAUUAUCGAUGAGAUUAGACGUGCAUCGAUGACUUGGGGAUUCUUUCAACUGGUGAAUCAUGAAAUACCUAUAAGUGUGACCAAUGAAAUGAUCCAAGGCAUACGUAGAUUUCAUGAGGGAGAUAUAGAGGUGAAGAAACGGUUAUACGUCAGAGACCUCAGCCAAAAAGUACAGUAUGACAGCAACUUUGAUUUUUAUAAAUCAAGAUCUGGUAAUUGGAGGGAUACCUUUCGGUGUCGUUUGUUAAAUCCAGAUCCUAUUGAUCCUCAACUUUUGCCCGAAACUUGCCGAGAUAUAAUAGUUAAGUACUGGAAGCAUAUUAUGAAUCUUGGAGAUACUCUCGCUGAGUUAUUAUCAGAGGCUCUUGGCCUACACAAAGACCACCUCAAAGGCAUGGACUGUACUCAAUACUUGACACUCUUGGGUCAUUAUUAUCCAGCAUGCCCUGAGCCUGAACUGACUAUGGGCACAACAAAGCAUUCAGACCAAAGUUUUUUCACGAUUCUUCUCCAAGAUCAGGUUGCUGGACUGCAAUUUCUUUAUCAGAAUCAAUGGGUUACCGUUAAACCCAUACCUGGAGCCUUAACUAUAAACAUAGGCGAUCUUAUUCAGCUUAUAAGCAAUGACAAGUCUAAAAGCUCUGAGCAUAGGGUAGUCGCGAACCAUGUCGGGCCAAGAGUUUCAGUAGGGUGCUUUUACAGAGCAAGCCUGGACAAGCCUACAUUGCUUUAUCCAAUAAGAGAGCUAACAUCUGGAAGUAAUCCCCCUGUAUACAAAGAUAUCACAUUUAAAGAGUAUCGAUUAUGCUCAUUCUAGAGGGCUUGAUGGCAUUUCCUCCCUAAACUACUUUAAGUUGUGAGUCUUGGUCGAUGGCAAUGUGUGCGUUUUUCUUGCAACUUGGGAUCGUGUAAUGGGAGACUCAGUAGAGCUGAGUGAAAUGCAUUAAUUUAUCCGUUUGUAAUGGUUUGUGUUAUUAGUGUGCAGUUUGUAUCCGUUUACAGAGCAAAAAAAUAAAUAAAAUGUGAUCUUUUAUCUGG